AUGGCUCAACCAGAUCCUAGCCAGGGCGUCCCCCAGGACCUCAUCCAGCAUGUCCACCUCAUCUCGGCGUUUCGAUACCCGGCGAUGCCCCGGCUUGACCUCAACGAGGUCGCCAAGUGGCUCAUGAGCGCCCCCCAGGUCGCGCGAGACCGAGCUCCCUUCUUCUGGACAUAUCUCGAAAAGCCCACCGACGGCACCAUCCUCCUGACCUGGCAGCCUCUGCAGCGCCUCGGGUCCACGUUUGCGACGGAUGGAUACGUCUGGGCUCCCCCAGAGCAGCUCUACAAGCAUGACCUGGGCAACGGAUUGAUGCUCGAGAUUUACUACCAAAAGGCCGGCUACGUCCCCGGUGAGCAGUAUGCCCUCCACGCCCGUCGUCGAUGUCGAUUAGUCCCCGUCCCCGGCCAUCCCAACCCUCCUCAGCCCGAUGUCAGCCUGUUCAUUGUGCAUUACGGGCCAUCGGAGCCAAACGACAGGAUCCCCAUCGCCAUGAUCCCCUACGACGAGCGCGUCAACGCCCUCAUUCAGCAGCGGCACUUUCUGCAGCGAGCCGGUCAGAUCCGUCGCAAGGAGUUCAUGCUGUCCGACCGAGUCAACUGGCCCACUCUACCCGACCCUACCCGUCAACAAGUUCCUCCCCAGAUGGCGCCUCGGGGCGUUCCUCAGCAGAUGGCAUAUCCUCCACAGGCCACGCCCGGUCCUCCUGCUAAGCGCGCGAGGCACGCGGCGAGCCAAGGUGGUCAGGCUGCCAUCCCCGGGAUGCCUCAGCUGGAUGCGGCGUUUGAUGACGACGAAGAUGUCUCAAGGGGCGACAUGUUUGACCAUCUUACGCCAAGAGAGAUUGCUUUGAGUCGGUACCAGCAGAAUCACGAGUGGAUGGAGGAGAUCCUCUCGUCUCCAUACCGGAUAAGCCAAAUCACACCGGCCGACCUCGGUCUUGGUUUCAAGGGCGAGCUGGCGUCAUUGACAGAGGGGAUCUUUCCCACUCAAGGAGCCGACGCCUUUGCAACUGGACCCGAUAAGCCUUAUAUCGGCCGACUAGACCCCGAAAAGGCAGACGAGUUCCGCAAGCGAGUCACUGAGCACAUCGAGUCGACCAAGGCUGAGAUAGAGAGGAUGCAAGCGGCUCAUGCCGAGGCUCUCGCCAAGUUCAAGGCGAACUCCAUCUUUGACUCUAAGGAGAAGGAACUACGGAAUGUCGUCGAGGGAACUGGCACUGAGAUCUGGCGGGUUGAGGGCAAGGUAGACCCGCACGACGAUGACCCUUCUCCCCGUCCUGUUAGCAAGAAGACGGCCGAAGAGAUAGUGUCAGAGGUCGAGAAUGCCACGGGAAAGAAGGCCGUGAGCAAGCCAGUAGUGUCUCGUAUUCAAGACGGUGGUUAUCAGGCUCCGGCGCCAGAACCUACGCAGGCUGCGGCUCAGCUGUCACGUCAGGCUUCGCAGUCUGGCUCACAGAACAGUGGUGUCAUGAUUGGGGAAUCUGAUGUCGAUAUGGGCGGCACCGCUGCCGGACUGCUUGACCAGAUGCACACAGGCAUCUCAGCCACAUCAACGCCCAUGAACACGUUUGGAACUCCUCAGCCGAACCUGACAGCGUCGGGAGCCGGGACUCCUUCGAACCCGAAUGUCCCAUCGCCUGCUCCCGGGCAGGCUGGGGCAACAUCAGCACCAGGCGGUGGCGAUGUGACGAUGGGCGGAACCGAGGCAGCCAAGGACCAAGCUACCACAGCGCCUGAUCAGGGAACUGGCAGUGGAGAAUGGGUUGUCGUGCCUAAGGACGGCGCCACUCCUGAUCCAAAUGCGCCUGCUAACGCUGCUGCUGGGUCGGGUACAGCAUCUGCAAAUGCCAAUACUCCCAAUGCACAGGGCAUCGAUGCGAAGCCAGCAGCCCCCAAGACGGCCUCUGCAGGGGCGACGCCAGCAGCUGCAACACCAGGUGGUUCUCUAUCAUUUGAUCAGAACGACUUCAGCUCGCUCGGCGACCUGGAUACGGCAGGAGACGCGCUCGCUGGCUUUGAUGGGCCUACGUUGGACGGCUCGGCAGGCGAGCUUGGCGAGGGUCUGGAUCUCAGUAUGGACAUGGAGGACUCGGCGUUUGGCGAUGCCUUCCACGGCGUCGAAGCCUCCGGGACUCCGGGACAGGGCCCUGACAUGUAG